AUGAAGCCAGCCAAAGAUGACUCCCGGCUAUCCUAUGUGAGACUCGAUGAUGCGCCCGAGGCUGAGGGAACGCGACAUCGGCCACUGUCCUCGGCAGAACAGGUCUGGACCCUGGGAAUUCUUGCGUGUCUCACGUCUAUUGUGUUCUUGGUCGCUAUUGUCGCAGUACUCUUCAACUUCGACGGGAAGCCUAUGCCUGACUGGCCUCAUGGCAUAACACUCAACACCCUCGUCUCGGUGCUUAGCACUGUCAUGAAAGCAACCAUGGCAUUCGUUUUGACCGAGUCUCUGGCGCAGCUCAAAUGGUCCUGGUUUCGAGGUGGAAACAAGCUUAGUGACCUUGCACUUCUCGAUGCCGCCAGCCGCGGAGCCAUGGGAGCUUUGAUCGUACUUACUCGCUUUCUGCCUCGCCACUUGGUGACUUUCGGACGUUUCAUCCUUGUGCUAGCUGCUGCAUGCGAUCCAUUCGUGCAACAAGUAAUCGGUAUCAAUACGAGGUCAAUCCAUGAUGCAGGUCGAUCGUCUAUCCAGGUCUGUAACGCCAGCUUGUAUACUGACUACGGCGAGGGUGCUGGUCCUGGAAUGAACGAAGUACCACUCAGCACGAAUGGCGCGAUAUACUCCGGCCUCUUUCAAACCCAAGCCCCAAACAGCAAUGACAUCCUGGCAAGUUGUCCAACCGGGAAUUGCACGUUUCCCACAUACCAAUCUCUCGGAUUCUGCAGCCAGUGUGCCAACAUCACCAACUCCCUCCAUCUCAACAAAACAUCACUUGGCUCAACCCUAAGUACAUACAACUAUCAAUUGCCCAACGGAUUAUCUUUCACCACCGCGGAAAACAUGAUGUACAUGAUGAAUGCCACCUAUAAUAUUGAUAUCCUGAAACUCAACACCAGCGGUGUACCACUGAUUCUGAACUUCACCGCGAUCACCUCUCCAGGGUACGGCGUCCCACCAGCAGUCCAAAUCAGCGCGACAGAAUGCGCUCUUUAUUUUUGCGUCACUACCCACAAAGCAAAAGUCACGGAAGGCGUAUUCUCCGAAACCAGAACCGCAAUUUCAACUUCCUCCAACACUUCAACAUCAUGGACCGACACAACAAAAGACUUCGCCAUCACGCCAGAGACAUGCUUCUUCAACGGAAGCCACUACGAACAACCAUACGAAAACCCACAAGACUACGUCUACAACGUGAACUGGCUCAGCCGCCUAGCCAUGUAA